AAUAAUCAUAAAAUUGCAUUGUGUGAGGAUAUUUUAUAUCGAGCUCAUAUGCAAUUACAAGAUCUUGAAGAUGCAAAUGAUAUUCUUGCUACAAUUGAGCAUGAAGCUUUUACUCAAUUGAAAAAUAUACUUUUACUAAGUGAAAAAUCUUUAAAAAAUUUUCCUAAUAUGCCAAUUCCCUCUAUCACUUCAAAUAUUAGUAAUAAUAAAGAAAAAUUAAAUCAUUUAAUAUGUGAAGAGAGAUCUUACAAUAUAACAAACUUAGAAACUGAAUUACAAUGCAAUAUACUUUUGUUAAAUAAUGAUCAAUGUGCA